AUAAAAGUGAAAAUUUUUAAAGCUUAGGCAUGUCCAAAGCAACCACAAUUAAGGAGGCUCUCAAACGUUGGGAGGACCGUGAGCAGCAGAAUUCUCUGACAGCCAAGGACAUUGAUUUGCAGUUCCAGUGGCCGCCCAUUGAGAAAAUGGACACCACACUGGGCACCCUGGUGCAGUGCGAGCGCAUUAGCAUGUCCACGAAUAUGAUUGAGAAAAUCUUUGGUUUGUCGGGGAUGAAGUGCCUCAAGGUGUUGUCCCUGUCGCGAAAUUAUAUCAAGCAGAUAUCGGGUCUGGAAGCCGUUGCCGAGACUCUCGAGGAGCUGUGGCUCAGCUACAAUCUCAUAGAGAAAAUCAAGGGCCUCACCACGCUCAAGUGCCUAAAGGUGCUGUACAUAAGCAACAAUUUGAUCAAGGAUUGGUCCGAGUUCAAUCGCCUGGCCGAGAUAGAGUCGCUGGAGGAUCUGGUUGUUGUGGGUAAUCCCCUCUCCGAGGGCCUGGACGAUGCCUCGUGGCGUGUGGAGUGCAUCAAACGGCUGCCCACCAUACGCAAGCUGGAUGGCGAGCCCGUGGUGCUCAAUGAUGAGCCGCAGCUGUAAU